AUGUCGGAUGACGAAGUGGAUUUAGCGCCGUUACUACACAAUAUCGAACUGCCGGGCAACACAAAAAUGUCGGGAAUAAUCGGCGGAAUCGGUGAAUACGAUCAAAAUAGUGAGACAUGGUCGUCUUAUAUCGAGCGCUUCGAACUACUCAUCGAGUGCAACAAUAUUAAGGAGGAGAAAAAGGUUAGCACGUUAUUAAUUGUUGCCGGUGUAAAAACGUACAGCCUAUUACGGGAUUUAUGCACGCCCAAUAAGCCGUCUACAAAAAGUUUUGACGCAUUAGUAUCUUUGAUUCAAGAUCACUUGUAUCCAAAACCAUCGUUCAUAGCCGAGAGGUACAAGUUCAGCAAGAGGAUUCAGCACGAAGGCGAAUCAGCAGCAGACUACAUCGCCCAGUUAAGAAAGAUGUCCACCCAUUGUGAAUUUGGGGCAGUUUUAAACGAUUACCUGCGAGAUCGUUUAGUCUCCGGGAUUAGAAAUGAAGCAACAAAACAAAAACUGUUAGGAGAAUCCAGCUUGACAUUUGACCAAGCAGUUAAAAUCAUCACGUCAGCAGAAGCCGCUGAGAAGAAUGCAGCAGCCUUGGCGAUCAACGGAAGCCGCAACGCCGAGCGACUACAAAAGAUGACAGCUCAUCACCGCAGUGUAACAGCUGAGAGCAGAGCAUCGGCGGGUGCCGGCGGCGCUACCACACCUGGAAGUCACCACCACAACCCCAAAAGCAGCUCUUCGCACGACUACAAAGUGCAGUGUUCGUGUUAUGGUAAUGUGGGCCAUUUGCGCCAUCAGUGUCGAUUGUUUGGUGUUACGUGUAACGCGUGUGGAAAAAAGAAUCACAUUGCUAAGGCUGUUAAAAAAAUUUUAAUCAGAAUAAAUAAUUUUUCAGAUCUGAGUAACAGCCCUAAUAUUGUAGGGUCAGCUGGUUCAAUGGAAACUACAAUAGAUAAUACCAAAGAAACAGGAGGGAAGCAGAAUCUAAUAAUACCAGAGAAGAGCAGUUCAUUCUCCAUCCAUCCUGAACGUUUGUGCACCGACGUCUGCUCGUACUGUUUUGGAAAGUUUGGCUCUCUAGACACCCCUUGUCAUCUGGCUCAACUUAAGAACUCCGAGAGACAGUCCAAGAUCCUAGCAAUCGAGGUGCACCUCUCUGCCGACUCCUGCCUUUGUGACGGAUGUUUCCGCUAUGUGGAUCGCAAAGCUAAUUGUCCUACCUCUCAGCGGUCACGCAAGCCGGCAGCUCGGCGCGGGCCUCUCGCUGGUACCGUGUGCGCUGUUCAGGAGUGCUCGCAGCCAGCUAGGCAUUCAGUACGGCGCAAGUGGCUCAUCAAACUGAAGAAAAGUAUCGGCAAAAAGCUUGUGAUCGACAUGGACAAGAAUCCUCAUCUGCCUAUCCCAUUGUGCUCACAGCAUUACUAUUGGGUGGACUAUUUUACUGUUUGUGGGAUCUGCAAGAAAAGGUUGACACGUAACCACAUGUAUGCACUGGGACCUGAGGCUGACGAUCUCAAUCAAGCACUGAGUGACGAUGGCAUACCUGUUAGGCUGUCAGACAAGCUGUUCCUGUGUAAACUCUGCCGGUACUACAGUUCACUGCGGCUCAAGUACCGGGACCCUACAACUAUGUCGUCCACUCAUCGGCUCUUCCUCAACAGUUAUCGUAAAAAGAUCUUGCAUUACCAUGACAUACCAGUUAGUGACAGUGAAGAAGAAGGGAAGUCUGUUGAAGAUGAAGCUACUACUUCAGAAGUUCCAAAGGCUAAGAAGAAAAAAUCUAAAUCAAAGAGUUUUGAUGGUCAUGAAUCUAAAAAGAGAAGUGCAGAUAAAGAAGAAAAAUCAGACGCUGGAAAUGAAGAAAGAUCAAAUGACUCACAAAUGAUAGACUACAGCUACUUAGAUUCCCUAAAUGUUCACAGAGAAGAGCCAACUACACCAACAGUGGACUAUAGUUCUUUGGGAGACUUUGAAGGAGGAUUUAGCAACAUAGCAUCACUUUUGAAUCCUCUGGAAGGAGGUCAAGGGACAGUUUAUCCCUCAGAUUCACAAAACCGUUCUAGAGUUGAAAAACCCACUAGAAUUCAAGUCAAAUUUGGAAACUUGAACAUCGGAAAACUAAGUAACCUUAACAUUGGCCAAGAUACACGGCCUGCAAGCACUGCUACCCCUGCCUUAGAGAGACCUCCCUAUCUUCCAGGUGAAAGAGAUCUGAAUCUGUCAGGAGAAUUUGAAUUUCAUGGAACCUUGAAUCCAAUAUCUAGUUGGGAACGCUGUACCUCAACCAUCCAGUUUGAUCGAGAUACGAAGAAGCUGUGGCAGGAACUUCAGAGGCCAUAUGGCAAUCAAUCAAGUUUUCUACGGCAUCUUGUGAUCCUUGAGAAGCACUGGCGAAAUGGUUCCUUGGUCCUGGCAGACAAUCCUAACCCAAGAGCUGUUAAAUAUAUUAACAGCGUAAGAAAUCGAGUGCAGGCUUAUGAUGGAGCCAAAUCUUCAGGUGUUAAAGAAGAUGGUAAAGAACCUGAAUUGAACAUGGCUUCACCACCACCAAGACCAAUGUCAACUCCAGUUAAGGUUACUAGUGAUCCACCUCCUCUGAUGAAGAUAACUCCAGGUUCCUCCUGGCUACCAAAUCAGUUGAAAAGGCCGCCUCCCUACAAGUUUCCUGUUACUUCAACACAAACAACAGGAUCAGCUAGUGGAAUGUUGCCUGCAACUGUUACCACCCCUGCACCACCACCUCCACCAUACAGGUUCCCUGCCAGACCGAGUCAGUCUGGGCCUCGCACCAUGAGGAUGCCUUGUCCUAGUCACAGCUACAUACAGUCCGGUAGGGGACAACAGAAUGUUAGGCCUGUUUCUAUAUCUUAUCAUCAAUUCAAAAAGAUUCGGUUGGAGCAGCCACCGCCAGCAGUUUCAACAAGUCAAGUAACAAUCAUCCCCAAAGUUGAACCUGUAUCGCAGUCACAACCCACGUCUACAAUCACUUCUUCAGAAACCGAGUUUGUGCCUCUGAUCUGUGAUGUUAGAUCACUAGCGACCUCGACUUCUACAUCUGACUGGAAUGAAAGUUUCAGAAAACAACAACAGAAGUUACUGAAGCAGAAUGUUGCAAAAUAUUAUGCACCGAUACUGCCAAAAAUGCCCAGUUCAUUGACCGUAACCACUUUUCCAAAGACAUCAGGGUUGGUUAUGAAAACUUCAUCAUUGACGAUUGAAAAGGCUCCAAAUGUCAAUACUAAACCCAAUAUUGCACCUCCAGAAAAGCCUUCUAUUAGUGUCUUUAGGGAAACUACUCCUAGUGAAAACGGUUAACCAGACAAAUGUCGGCUGGCCGAAAUUUGAUAAAUUCUUAAAUUAGUUGAGAGUCAUGUUUUUAAAUUGUGAUUCGAUAGAAUAUUUUUAUACCUUCAACCUAUUAUACUAACGGUUGAAUUGUUUGGACUUGUUAAAUAGUUACUUAAAAGUAUUAAUUACUGACAAAAGUUGUUUUCUGUCAUCUAUAAAAUGGCUCCUACCAAACAUCAUAUUGAUGUUGAGGCAAUGUCAUUGAUUUGUAUCUACAAUAUUUUUUACAAUUUUAUUUAUCAAAUAAGACCAAAUGGCUGGUAUAAGCAUAUCAUUAACAUGUAUUAUGGUUGAGGCAAGUACGCAUAUGCAGUUUUUUUAUCCAGUCUUGCUUAUCACAAAUGUUAUUAUAGUUUGUAGAGGUUAUCAUAGUGUUCCAUAUUAACUUAUUUUCAUUUAGUAUUCUAGUUAUAUGACAUGUAACUAUUUUUAAUCAGAUUUUUCAUUUGAUACCGAAUUAUUUAUUGAGCUUAUCAUGAAAGAGAGAACAGCACUAUUAUUUAUUUUAUGAGCACUUUUUGAUGAAUUCAAAAUUCAAUAAAAUACUUAUUAUUUAUCAUUGUAUAUAAGUUGACAGUUUAGUGCCUGAACUUUUUACAUUUUGGUGUGUUGUAAUAUUUUUGACACAGAAUGUAACUAUAUUUUUUUGUAUUGCAUCUUCAAGUCAUGUAGUUAAUCAAAGAGAAGAAUAAUUUGUAAAUCCUAUUAUUUUAUCUAGUGUUAUUGUUAUAAACUAUUAAUUAAUGAGACUGUCAGGUAUGGAGAUUAAAGAACUUUAUCUUUA